GCGAGCGGCGGCGGCGGCGGCGGGGCGGCGGGGCAGAGCAAGCCCAAGAGCAGCCUGGUGAAGCCGCCCUACUCCUACAUCGCCCUCAUCACCAUGGCCAUCCUGCAGAGCCCGCAGAAGAAGCUGACGCUCAGCGGCAUCUGCGAGUUCAUCAGCAACCGCUUCCCUUACUACCGGGAGAAGUUCCCCGCCUGGCAGAACAGCAUCCGCCACAACCUCUCCCUCAACGACUGCUUCGUCAAGAUCCCCCGGGAACCCGGGAACCCCGGUAAAGGCAACUACUGGACGCUGGACCCUCAGUCCGAGGACAUGUUCGACAACGGCAGCUUCCUCCGCCGCAGGAAGCGCUUCAAGCGGCACCAGCAGGAGCACCUGCGGGACCAGACGGCGCUGAUGAUGCAGGGCUUCGGCGCCUACGGCCUCGCCGGCCCUUACGGCCGCCCCUACGGGCUGCACCCCGGCGCUUACACCCACCCGGCGGCCGCCGCCGCCGCGCUGCAGUACCCCUACACCCCCCCGGUGGGGCCCAUGCUGCCGCCCGCCGUGCCGCUCCUGCCGUCCAGCGAGCUCAGCCGCAAAGCCUUCAACUCCCAGCUCAGCCCCAGCCUCCAGCUGCAGCUCAACAGCCUGGGGGCCGCCGGCUCCAUCGUCAAGUCGGAGCCCAGCAGCCGCCCCUCUUUCAGCAUCGAGAACAUCAUCGGCGUCCCCGCCGCCAGCUCGGCCGCCAGCGCCCAGACUUUCCUGAGACCGCCCGUCACCGUGCAGUCGGCCCUGAUGGCCCACCAACCGCUGGCGCUGGCUAGGACCACCGCCGCCAUCGCCCCCAUCCUCAGCGUGCCUACCAACAUCAUCGCGGGGCAGUUCCUGCAGCCCGCAGCCCCCGCCGCCGCCGCCGUGCAGGCCAAGUGGCCGGCGCAAUAGCCCCGGGGCGAGUAGC